UAAUUUACACCUAUUGGAUUUAUAAAAAGCUCAGUCAGAUUGGAAUACAAAAUUUAAAGGCUUUAGUGUCGGACACGACAUUUUGGCGAGCCAGCCAGGAGGAUCGGCCCGUGUCUGAGGCGGCGGACUGGGGGAGAGACGGCGAAGCUCAGGGGCCCCAAUCCACCAUUAAGGUGAAAGAGGCCAACGGUACAGGGGAGAACAGAAUACCACUGGAUGUGAGAAACAUCCAAGUAGGAGACCAGGUGUUCAUACACGUGUUCAAAAGGCAGUGGAAUCAGCCUCGCAGAGAGGGGCCGUUCAAGGUUGUGUUAACCACACCCACUGCUUUAAAAGUAGAAGACUAUACAAUGGCUGAGGCUUUCUGGACCUGGCAGGCAGCCAUGGCGUCUGGCAGUCAGGACGAUGGGACCGACAGACCAGGCCCAUCACACAUGUUAGCAGCACCUUAUCACAUAGCCACAUCAUCCAGGGAAACACCUAUUCUGACCACCAUGAUACAGGCAGGAUCUAACGGUGAAGGAGGGAGGCAGCAAUCCUUUUACCAGCAUCGACUUCCACCUUUGAUGCCAACACCAUUCGGAGCGGCCAUUGCCCAGGUUCGACCACACCGCAGGACCAUACCUCCACCACCCCCAGCACUGACUCCACCAUCACCACUGCCACCAGUACUGACACCACCACCACCACCACCACCUACACCGGCGACAUCAACAUUAGAGGAACCCCAGCAUCCAGAGGAGAACAACGACCCAUGGCAGCAGAUCAACUUGCCUCCAGACCCAGCAGUGAAUCAUCCAGAGAAUGAUGAUGAGGAGGAGCCAUCAUCCAAUCCAACAUCUCCAGCAGAAUCUUCUGAGCUGGCCAACCAGGACCUCAACAGACGACUGUUUCCCUCACGACGUCAUCACAUUUCUGAGGGAGAUGGUAACCUAAUGGGCAGAUACCUGUCGCGCCCAUGGAAUACCUAUACCACGGCACGUGACUUUGAGGAGGAGAUUGCCUCAAUGUCACGCCACACCUUUUUUCUUACUACUCGGAACCUAUCACAGGAGGGAAGAAGGGCUCUUAAGGCAAUACGGAGCAGAGCGCGACAGCGGAAUAAGAACAUGGAGCUUAGAGCGCGGGCUCAACGUGCCGAAAGAUCACUGGCCACUAUGAAGAACGAAAGGAACCGGGCCAGGAUGGAUGCGGAACGAUACAGGCAAGCUAUUAACUGUAUAUACAACCACUGCUGCAAUUACACAAUCGUGCUCCUUUCUGGAAUAAGUGACAUGCAAGAGGGAAACUUCCAUGGGCCCAACAUACUUCGUGAUGAACAUGUGGAAAUGGAGAGGGCACGAUUGCUCCCAAGGUUAUCAGAACCUUAUCCAUGAAAACUGACACUACCAUCAGUGUUUGCUUCAUAUAUGAACAUAUGUAACCACUUAGUAUCGACAUCAUAUUGGAACUUGUAUAACCACAUAAUCAUGUGUAUUAUUAGUGUGACAGAGACCCCAGAAGAUAACUGGAUGCUACAAGGAGGAGAAAACACCUGUAUAAUGGACUUCCGGGGGACUAUGGACACAGUAACUCCAUAACCUGCAUAUUAAGAAGGACUGCUAUUGAUGGACACAAAUCUAUGUGUGAUGUAUUAUAAAUAAACUCUGUUUGAUAAGGCUGUGCAGAAGGAAGGUACAAAUGGUUAACAGUAGAGCUUGAGAGAUCGUAUAAAAAUAAUUCUGAAAUAAGUAAUUGGACAAAUCCAAAAGGUGCAAAUUAAAAUUAUUCAAAUAUUAUUCAAUUAUGCUGAAUAACAUAUAUAAACAUAAACAAACAUAAUAAACAUACUAUUAUAAAUUAACACAACUAGUAGAGACAGGAAGUUUACACUACCUGUGUGAUGUUGUCAAAAUGUAGUAGCAUUCUGACCAGAACGAUUAGGAGAAAGGACUAAGUAGGUCUGUAAAGACUGAAAAGUCAGGAAGGUUUCUUUGAUUAUUUUAAAAGUACUGGGCAUUUAGAACCCAGUACUACACCUAAAGUGUUGAGCAUGUAGGCUUGAGGCAUAAGGUGUAAAGCUGCUCUGAGAGAGAACAAUGUCGGAAACUUCUCUAUAAAAAAAAUAAGGUAACUGGUACUUAAGGAAAACUCCUUAGAAAGUUAAACCUAAAGUUCUGUGUAGCUUUAUGAGCCAAAGAUGAGUAUUCUUGUUUUUGUUUUUUUUUCACUUAUAUUAAAUAGCAUAUUUGAAGACUAGAUGGUAGUAACCUGAGCACAUACACAUAUUAUGCAUGUUUACUUAUAAUCUGUGCUCAUAGAUACACUUCUCCACACAAAUAUAUAUAUUAUGCAUGCUUAUUUCAUUUUCAUUGAACAUGUGUGUGAGACAUUUAUUCACUAGAUUAGAUUAAAAUGUGUUUAGGGAUCCGGACCACAUGACGUGGCAAUUUACCUCUCAUGAGUGACAUUGAAAGUGAGGGGACGUUUCCCGAGUCAUGUUGUCCUGUCCAUAGGUGUUCUGUCAGUGACGGCACCUGGGUGAUCCAUUUUGUACAGGUAAGUGCCUGGGAUCACUUUUAGAAGUGCCUCAUAACUGUUUUACUGAUAGUUGUGACACAUUCUUUAGGGAGGCCCUCACUGUAGAACUCACAUAUCAACAUACCGACAUAUAAUCCUAUGUUUUGUUGUUGAAUUGCAUGUAUGUUACUGAUGGAUGGUCCUUUUAGGACCAAAGGGGGGAAAUGUUGUGUAAAAAUUCAUAAAGUUUAUAAAGUAAUUACUGUUGAGAUUCCAGGAGACAAUGUUACAAAAUAAUAUGGCACCUGCUGUACUACAACAGCACCCAACAGCACCCACUGUGGCAGGUGUGGAUAAUAGCACUCACGGGGUCAUGUGUGUAAGGAGGAGACCCUGUUAUGCAACAGAAGUGUAGUAGCACCAAGACCAUUAAAACUACAGUGUGUUUUACUGACCUAGAUAAGGCAGGUGGGAGGAGUGCAGCUUCUGCUGCAAGCUCCUGACCUACAGUAACCUGACCUUGGGAAAGUGAAGGUUUGGAGGGGAGCUGCCCCGCCCGGGGAGAAAAGGGCAGAGCAACAAGUGUCUUCACUUGGUUUGGGAUUAUGAUUGGGUAAAAAUAUAAUAAAAUAAUGGUCAAAAACACCCUAAAAGGUCAAGAUGAUGAUCUAACGUCCGGGGAGCUGAAUCCCACCCCGUGAGCAACAGGUAUAUAAGGUGAUGUUGUGACCGAAAAUCCUCAGUCUGUCUUGUCUUCUGUCACUUUUCUGUGGAAUAAACGCUUUGUCGACCCUGGA